UAUUUAAAGUACAACUUUCAUGUGUGAUCCUAGUUGUGGAUAUAAUCAAAGAACAACUUAACCUGUGACAGAGACUUGUUGUUCUGUUGUUGAGAAACUUCAUGUCCCCACUUUACAUUCUUAUUAAUUAAAAUCCAUUUAGACCACAGAGAUGAGGCAAUAUGAUCAUCAUAGAACAUGAUGAAGAACAGAAACUUGCUGGUCUUUAUUAUUGACAAUAGUGUAUAUCUCUAAUAUUAAAAACAUUGAGAAAACAAGCCCUUGUGUAUGGGCAUAUAUGGAGUUUGUUUUUAGCUUAUUGUCCUACACUCAAUUAAUUAUCUCACCAAGAAAAAUUGUAUUUAAGUAUGACUUUCCAGUUGGUAAAGACAGAAGCAUGUGAAACUCUAUUCUAGUAUGACCCACACUUGAAGACCACAAGUUUCAAGACUUUUCAGAGAGAAGCUUCAAAAGGAUUAAAACUUUCAGACAAAAGAAAUUAGAAAUGGCUUUCGUGAGAAAUAUAUUGGGUGCAAAGAAGCUUCUUGGCCGCUCCAUCUCAGCAGCUUCCACGAGCAAAAGAGUAGCCUCGGCGGCACCAAAAGGCUUUCUUGCGGUGUACGUAGGAGAGGGUCAGAAGAAGAGAUAUGUGGUGCCAGUCUCAUACCUGAGCCAACCUUCAUUUCAAGCUCUUCUCAACAAAUCCGAAGAAGAGUUUGGGUUCAAUCAUCCAAUGGGUGGCUUAACGAUCCCUUGUCCUGAAGAUAUCUUCAUCACUCUGACGUCUCGGCUCCACUGAUGACAAUUCAACAUAUUGUUCUUUGAGUUACAGAUAGACUUCUUCCUUGUAAAUAGAGGGAAUUUUUUUUUUGUUUCUCUUUCUUCUUGAUAGAGUUGUUGUAAACGUUUUGAAAGUAAACACAACCUUUCUGUUAUAGACACAGUCAUGAUUCAUGUUA